CCUUGACCUGACGACAGACUUCCUAGCCGACACCUUGACCCUUGCCUUCACCCCAACCCACUUCCAUUUUCUUUUUCCGUAGUCUUAUUGCCAGGCUGUACAAUGCAGUGGCUGAUUUCUGGAAAACCGGUUUUAAUAUGAAUCACGAUUUCUUCAACCGGUGUCACAGCUGAGUAACUCUAAACGAACAGUCCUUUCAUAAAAACAAGUCCACCAGCGUGCAAUCUUGGGUCGGAACUGCAAACUCAAAGACUGACAUGCAAUAUAAUGGACGGGAGCUUUAAAUCACGUUGCUUUUAUCCCGUUGGCAGUUCGUUUUUACUUCGUCUUUUUGUGUCUGCACUUUUCUUGAGUGUUUACAUCUCAUUACAUUCAAACGUUUCAGCAGCAGGAAACCAAAUAAUGUGCGAUGUUCCCUCAGUGAAACCAAGAAGAAGCACAGUCCUCACGUGUUAUUUCCCUGAAGAUGUCAGUGAAACAAAGAGAGAUUUUACUGUGUAUCGAUACAGUGACAGUCGUCAAGAUGCUGUCCUUGACUGCUGGUGGUGGUUGGGGAACUUAUCCUGCUUCACGGCUGAAGGAUACAAGUACGACAGACGGAUAUCCACCAAACUCUCACUGGUGAUUCCCCGAGUUUCAGUAUCUGAGCUCGGCGCGUACGUGUGUCAACUAGUGAGCUAUGGACCUGACUCCUUCUUUAACUGUGACCUCAACAUCAAGCUAGACGGAAGAUCAGUCUGCGAUAUCCCUUCCGUCAAACCGGAAACACAAACUGCAGUCACGUGUUACUUUCCUGAGGACCUCAGGACGUAUCGUAUAGACUUUAUUGUCUAUCAUCACUCUAGCCAAGGUUCAGAUGCUGUGUUAAACUGCACGUGGGAUGGAGACAUUCUGACCUGCAUCACUUCUCAAGGUUUUCAAUUUGACAAAAAAGUGUCCAGAUACCUCAAUCUCACAAUAACUAAGGCUUCAGAAGCUCACGAAGGAACAUACAGCUGUCAGAGCUCAGGCUCGGAGCCAUUUCUCCACAACAACUGUUCUUUUACACUUCAGAAAGCUGCGAAUUCGUCCUGUUCAGUUUCAAAUGAGAAGGACUUGGACUUGGCAGAACUAAAUUGCAUCUUCAGUGUUGAUAUUAGGAAAGCCAGGCAGGACUUCAGGGUAAUCCGUCUUAAGGGUCGAGGCAUCCCUGUCGUUAACUGCACGUGGCUGGAUGACCAGUUGGACUGCACCAACGAGCCGGGAUACGCCCUCGGCACCAACGUCACUGAUCGUGUCGUCAUCAAACUGCCUCGAACGUCACGUCGGCAACAUGUGACGUAUGCUUGUCGCCUGCAAGGCUCUGAGCCUGCUGACUUUGAGUCAUGUGAUGUUUCUUUUAUAGCAGGUCGUUUUUCCUCACGUGACACACACUUUAGCAACGAGGCGCUGUCCGCCAUAUUGCAUCUCUAGCGCUUCGCGUUUCUUGAGCGACUCUUAUCGGUUUGUGGCCAUAUCUGAUUUACAAACUGACUACAAGUUCUCACUGCCACCCGACGUGAGACUGAGAUAUGAUUCAAAAAUGAAAGGGACUGGCGACGUACAUCCGUACAUCAUCCAAGAAAAGGAAUAUGGAAGAGACAGAAUGGCAUGGCUAGAUGUGACCUACACUGACGUGUACAGCUGUCUUGCCUGCAGGUGAGCUUGUUGAGCAAUAAAAUGUGAUUAAUAUUUUUUUGUGGCUCAAUAUUCUCUUCUAGCACAAACAAGUAAAAUAAUAUAUCAUUUGUUUGCAGUCGAUGCCUUUAAUUCAAAAACACAACUUUCUGCAUUAGUUCACUAGCAUUAAACUGUCUUUGGUAUUUUGCUUAUCACCAGUUUCAAUGCCUACACCAAAGAGCAGAUGAAGCAUUACAAGACUCUGGAUAGUUACAAACUCUUCCAGGAUGCCUGGAUCAAGGAGAUGCUUCAUAAGCUGAUUGGAACAUCACAAGUCUUAAAAGCCAAGGUAAUGUGACUGCCUAUUGUGAAUUUUCAAGUUGUAAGGAAAAUGUGGAAGAUUUCUUCAAAGAUUUGAAUCCACUCAUCCAAAUGCAGUUGUUUUAUCUGUUGUUAAGGAUUAUUCUACUAAUUUUAUGCCAAAAGCCAUAAUGGUUGGGCUU